AUGAGUUCCAGAGACCCGAGACGCCCAGUGACGGGUACCGUAGAUACAGACGACGAUGUGGAGAUGCAGGAGGCACUGGACAACUCAAUACGAGACCUCCUGAGCGAUCCACUCUGGGAACCAGACCAGCUGAUCCUGGAGGCUGAGGCCACCAGCCUCUCCCUGGAUGAUGUCCUCGACCUCUGCGUCGCACCAGGGGACCCGCUGGGCGAUGGAGACGUCGAACCAGACGGCAGAUUUGGGAGUUACCGCAACCCGAGCCCGCCACGGCAGCGACCCCCUGCUGACGCCGCAGCACCAACUACUGCCAGCGAUGCAACGAGCGGGACAUCAAGCGGCACCAUCCCAGGCAGUUCGGGCGGAUCCUCACGCGACGCCUUGCUACCCGGAUCCAGCGGAUCCUCUGGCGACGCGCUGCUUCCCAGCUCGGGUGAUUCAUCUGGCGACGUGCUGCUACCCAGCUCGGGUGAUUCCUCCGCCGAGGUCACACUGCCCAGCAGGUCUGACAGGGACGCCAUGCUGCCCUCCAUCAGGGAAGUGGCCAGGACGAACGCUGAGAUGCCCAACCCACCGCCACGAUACGAGGACAUCUCCAGUGCCGACGAGACGGAAACCACGGCCCGGUCGUUCGCCACAGCGCGUUCCGAAACAAGAACCCGACUGUCCAGCGCCACCACGGAGGAGAUAAUAGAAGUCUCGGAUUCCGACGAUCGUAGCACGCCCCUGUGGAGGGAGGUAACACCAAGGCCAGAGACGCCACCUCCAUCAUACCAGGAACUGUUCGGGCCAGGCCCCUAUGACAGCCCCCGCACCAUGGCCAAGAAACACCUGCCAGCAGCAACUGCACCACAGCCGAGCUCCAACAACACCCGGCGACUCAGCGGUGAGCUGCUCCGAGAUGGUCCCAGCACAUCCAGCCAAGCAGCUAGGGCACGGGCAACUGCACCACAGCCGAGCUCCAACAACACCCGGCGACUCAGCGACGAGGUGCUCCUGGAUGGCCCCAGCACGUCCAGCCAAGCAGCCAGGGCACGGGCGACUGCAUCACAGCCUAGCUCCAACAACACCCGGCGACUCAGCGACGAGGUGCUCCUGGAUGGCCCCAGCACGUCCAGCCAAGCCGCCAGGGCACGGGCGACUGCAUCACAGCCGAGCUCCAACAACACCCGGCGACUCAGCGACGAGGUGCUCCUGGAUGGCCCCAGCACGUCCAGCCAAGCCGCCAGGGCACGGGCGACUGCAUCACAGCCGAGCUCCAACAACACCCGGCGACUCAGCGACGAGGUGCUCCUGGAUGGCCCCAGCACGUCCAGCCAAGCCGCCAGGGCACGGGCGACUGCAUCACAGCCGAGCUCCAACAACACCCGGCGACUCAGCGACGAGGUGCUCCUGGAUGGCCCCAGCACGUCCAGCCAAGCCGCCAGGGCACGGGCGACUGCAUCACAGCCGAGCUCCAACAACACCCGGCGACUCAGCGACGAGGUGCUCCUGGAUGGCCCCAGCACGUCCAGCCAAGCAGCUAGGGCACGGGCAACUGCACCACAGCCGAGCUCCAACAACACCCGGCGACUCAGCGACGAGGUGCUCCUGGAUGGCCCCAGCACGUCCAGCCAAGCCGCCAGGGCACGGGCGACUGCAUCACAGCCGAGCUCCAAAAACACCCGGCGACUCAGCGACGAGGUGCUCCUGGAUGGCCCCAGCACGUCCAGCCAAGCCGCCAGGGCACGGGCGACUGCAUCACAGCCGAGCUCCAACAACACCCGGCGACUCAGCGACGAGGUGCUCCUGGAUAGCCCCAGCACAUCCAGCCAAGCAGCCAGGGCACGGGCAGCCCUACAGCAGCAGAACCGCGACAACAACCGGGCACCCAGCAUCAACACCGGCUUCGCGCUACCACAGCCGGCAGCAAAGAGGAGACGCCGACCCAAUGGGAACAGGGCCAGGAUCAGCCGGCAACGACUGGAGGCAGGUCCUCAAAACAGGGAGGAGAUCCCAUGCGGAGCGGUCCGAGAGGUUGAACACACGGGACGCCCUAACCAACGACGCCGAGCCGCACGAUCAAGGGGAAGUUCCUCCACGGACAGCUCCCCUGAACCAACCCCGAGAUCCGGACCCGUGGAACAAUCAAGACCCUCCAUGGUAGUAGCCCCGGCCCAGUGGCGAGUGGAGACGGCUGGACGGGAAAUCCCAGUAACCCUAGGCACCUGGAUAGAGGGAGAGCUGGGAUUACCGAGAAACAGGGAUAUACGACGCCAGGAGAAGAUCGACGGCAGGCCGUACAGAGUCCAUCUCUCCAGGAGUGGGCGCGUCACCAUCUUCUCACCCACCCCAAAGUAA